AUGGCCGAGCCACAGCAAACACUUUAUGAAGCUAUCACUCGAAAUGACAUUGAUUCUGUGAGAAUUCAACUGGCAAAUGAUGUCAAUCCAAAUAUCUUCCCAUAUAAUCCAACAAUUACACCACUCAUUUUAGCAGUGAGUCUAAAGCUCCAUGACAUCGUAAAUGAACUAUUGAUGAACGGAGCUGAUGUAAAUGGUAUUGAUGAAUUUGGACGGACUGCGUUGCAUUUUGGAGUGGACAAUAAUGAUGAGGCUUCCGUCUCUAUUCUUAUUUCACAUAAUUGCAAUUUAGAAAAAUAUGACAACGAUGGUCUAACUCCUCUUACGUUGGCUGUGGAGCAAAAUAACUUCCAAAUGGUUCGCUAUUUGGUUGCACAUGGAUCAGUGGUUUAUAAGUAUGUGGAGCUUCCUGAACUCCCACCUCUUGCUUAUGCUGCCUACUUCGGCCACUUGGAUAUCCUUCAAUUCUUAAUGAAUGUGGAAGAGACAGAUAGAGAAAAGAAGAAAUGGAACGUGAAUCUUGCAUUCUGCUCGGCUAUCAAAAAUGGUCACAACGAGACAGCAAAAUUCUUAAUUGAUAACGGUGCUUCAAUAAGUCGUUUGCAUGAGAAUUGGUUAUCUCCUUUGGAUACUGCCAUUAUGGGAAGAAAUGAUCACAUGGUCUCAUAUCUUCUUUCUAACAAUGUCUCGGUUAGCGAUACAAACCGCCAUGGCUUCACUCCACUUAUGACGUCUAUCAUUUAUGACAACCCUUCAGCAGCAGCACAGCUGCUUUGUUAUGGAGCUGACCCGGAUGCGCUGGUUACUGGCUAUAGAACAACAGGAGAACAGGUCGCAAUGGAUAUGAGGAGGGUGGAAAUUUCCCAAAUAAUAUUUUCGUGGAAAUAUGAGUUCGUGCCGUCACUGUUUGGAUGGUGA